AUGAAUGAAUUGAUGAACGAAAAAGUUAUGAGCGCCUCUGAAAUUGGUGGACCGUCUACAGAGUUGUCUAAAACUUCAGAUCAAGAAGGAGAUGGAAAUGAAAGUUUUAAUUUAGAAGACAAGGUUACUCCAGUGAAAGAAAAUGAAGAAUAUGAUAUCCAGGUCAGUGAAACAGCUAGCAAAAAGAAAAAGAAAAAGAAAAAGAAAAAGGACAUUAUGGUCUCUGAGGUGAAUUUGAAUGAUGAGGAUGUUAACGCUGACAACAAAAACAUGUUUAGUACCCCAGAGAAAGUCAAUUCCAAGUUUAGCUUUGUGGAAGAAGGCAUUAAAGAUCCAGUUGCGGUGGAAAGUGAAGAGCAAGAACCUGUCGAAGAUGGUCAACCUCAAACAGAAUGUGGUGAUGUUUUGAUUGGGGACAUCAGGCGAGACAGUGGUGAGGGUUACAAUGACUUAGACGAGGAGACAAUACCAACCAGUAAAGACGAGAAACUCCUCCUUGUUCCAAGUAAAGAAGGUGGAAGUUCAACUCCAGAAGCCGUGACAGAUAGAGAGACAGAUGGAUCAGCAACAAUUACAACAACUGCUGAUGGGGCAGCUUAUGAACCUGUUGUAGAUAGUUCUUCUAUAAACUUGUCUAUAGUAGAUGAUGUGGAGUCAGACACUGGUGACGACUUAUGCGAUGUGGCAGUAGACAAUGAGGGGAGAAACGUAUUGUGUAUUUACAAGCUCAUUUAUGGGGUUGGUCUUGAAGCACUGAGGAAUUUGUUUAUGGAAAUCAAUCCAACUUGGUCCAAUCAGCCCUCUGAUGCAGCAGCAUUUGAUAGGGGGAAGAUGAAACUUACUAAAGAUGAUGAAGUCAGUUUUAAAAAAGGAAAUAUUCACGGAUGGGAUUUCUCACUGAUUACAAGCAUUCUUUUAUUUUCGAACACUUGUUCCUCGGAGAUGAAACGCAGACCAGGCCAUGACACUGCCCUCAAAGAGUUAAAGAAGUGUCGUAAUAAGGUGCUAGGUCAUCCCUCUACAGACAAGAUGUCUGAUGCAGUCUUUAACCACUACUGGCCUCUUCUUUCAACCCAUUUUAGUACAGUUGGCGCUGAUCCAAAUGUGAUCGCCGAAAUAAAGCUCCAGUCAGAUGAAGUCCUUAAUGCUGGAGGACACUACAAGGAAUUGUUUUUGACUGAACGAGCGAAAUUCAAUUCUUUGGAAAAGAAGGUGGAUGAAUUAACGGGCAAGAUCGAAACCUUUAUCGCUGAUCAAUCUAACAAUUCUACUGACAAAACCCCCAUUAGUCCAAAAGAUCUUAGUGGCCCUAACUGGGAUGAAUUUUUGAAAUUCAGAGACGCAGUUGGUGACUUUGACACUCGCAAGAACCAGUACAUCCUUAUUACCGAUGCUCUCUCGCGAGAUGAUCUUGGCUACUUUUCCAUUCUGAGAAGCAUACCCUGGAAGAUGGUGGUAGACUUUGAUCCCAUGUCAGAAGAGAAAGGGUUGUAUUACUCUUUUACUUCGCAGGAAGGGCAAGGAAGUCUAGUGAGCAUGAUUACACCAGCAGAGGUCAAGGGAAGUUCCAUUGUAAGCCUUGCACGUCAGAUUGAUCCCAAUAAAACGCAGUGGUUGUUUGUCAAAGGAAGAUCAAGUGACACAGAUGGCAAGAUGCAGAAUUUUUCCGAGUGGGAGUCAUCCUCUGUCAAAGAAAUCUCAAGAUUUUUUGGAUGUUGUUGUGAUCCGGAUAAGUUUGACAGACAGAAGCCCGUGGUGUGCCUUGUUCUUCCAUUUUGCCGAGAAAGUGCUCCAUAUUUGGAAGUAACACUGAGUCGACUCUUCGAGAACUUUGAUGAUCAAUUCAGUUUCCAAACAGUAUCCCUUAAGCAAGAGAAACGUCUGUUAGUUUUUAGCAAGGUCAAAGUGCGUAGAGUGCAGCUGUGCCCUAGGCUUGUCCAUUUGGGUUUGAAAGAGAUGCUGUCUUCAUCUUCAAAGCAACAGUUUCGAAUGCCCACCUCCCAAGCCAAGGUUUAUGUAGACCUCACAGAGAAAGAGUUCCUUUACUUGAAUGAACAUCUUGAUAUUCUGUACGAGGGCUGCGAGGGCUUACCAGAUGGCUCAAACGACCCGUUAGAUGAAGAACAGCAAGUGAAAAACUUUCUAGAUGAGCACAGGAAACUCUUUAUGUCGGGUAAUGAAAUUUCUUUUGCAAGUCUCUAUGACAAUCAUGAUGCAAAGAGAGAAAUUGAAAGAGACAUUCAAAUCCAUGUCCAGCGUGUGCUAGACAAUGGACUUACACGUUCAGUGAUGGUGGUUAUUAAGCACUUGCCAGGUACUGGAGGCACUACUAUUGCUCGCCGAGUGAUGUGGGACCUCCAUAAAGAUUACCCUUGUGCUUUCGUAGACUUAAGUUCUCAUAUGUACUUUGAAGAAGACAGUAGUUACGCCAGGAAACUAGCUGAUCGGAUUGUCGCACUGGAGGAGAUCUGCCAAACUUCCCCUGUAAUCUUGGUCGAUGGAAAGCAAUCUGGUUCAAUCGAAAGCAUCGCAAACAAAACCAUACGGAUACUGGGUAACUUAGGAAAGCGAGCCUUGCUCUUGUGUUGCCAACACGGCUCGAAAACCUCAACAAAGGAACCUCAAGAGCUAUCUUGUGUCCAUCAUGUGUUUUAUGUCGAUGCGAAGCUCGAAGACUCAGUGGCUGAUCUGAAUGAAUUUGAUUUAAAAUACAAGGAAUUCAUCGAGAGGUCCCUAGCCGAGAAGUCAACAUCAGGCCCUUGUCGCGUGUUUCAUUUUCCACUCUUGGCAAUGAUGGAAGAGUUUCGACCUAAGUUAAAGAAGAUAGUUGAAGACACAUGGAACGAGAUGGAAAAUCUUCAACAGCAAAUUGCCAUUGUGGUAGCAUUCCUUCAAAAGUUUGCCAACCGGCCAACACCAGCGCUUCUCCUCUAUGAUGCUUUUGAGAGCUACAUUCGUCUGGAGUGUGGGAAAACUGUCACAUACAGCGACAUUAAGCAUUUGUUCUCGGAGCAUUUACUGAACCUUAUGGUACCCUCGAACCCUUGGCUACGUCGAAGAAAAUUGUACCUCUCUAAGGAACCAUCUCCUCAAAGUUAUACAUUUCAGCAUCGCCUAGUGGCUGAGAUGUUGGUGAAGAAGUGUCUGCAGGAGCAAGGCUGUGAUCUGUUUCAGGUGGUGUACCAAUUUCUUCAAUUUCCAAUUUAUAAGCGUGACAACCGCGAAUUCCUGACACUUUUUGAAGAGCUUUUCGUCUACAACAAAGACUGUCAGAAGAAGCUAAAAUUUUCGGUCCUGUUUGAGGAGCUUAAAGGCAUCAACUCGGAACGUGCUGGAGAAGUGUUUUGCGAAGCAGCAGAGAAGACUGGUGAUUCUGUUAUUUUCGCCCAUGCAGCACGAUUUUUCGCAAAGCUGGAGUCUCCCUCGUUUCAAAAGGCAAUGAAGCUAAUUGAUCAAGCCUUUCAAGUCAAUACCUCUGGCUCCAGACAGAUAUUCAGAAGCAUUUGUCAUACCAAAGGAGUAGUACUUCACAUACAGCUGCAACACAUGAUCGCCACUGGCAGAGUCAAAGAUCUGAAUACUCUCGAAGAACGGGCAAGCAAGGUUUUAGAGGCUUACAAAGAAGCACGCGGCUUUCCUCUUAACUCUCCCAAUCCCCUAAUUGGUGAGGUAGAGGUAUGGCUUGCGUGCCUUGGGUGGAUCAUGCGAAUCCACUGCAAGCGGGAUUCCGAACGUACUCUAAAGUUUCUGGCCAACCAGUGUCCCCCAUUCUUUCGCACUUGCGUGAGUGAUUCAUUUUAUCUUCUCGACGUUGCUGACAGAAUCAUUCAAAGUGAACCGAACCUAAAUGAACCAGAGGAAACUCAAAGAAGAUGUAACAACGCCAGGCUUGCUCUCAUGAAGUCUUUUGGUACUAGUUCGUCUUCAAACGGACGUGGACGAGAUGCAGAAGAUGUGGUUCAAGCUUGCAAGGCACUUUGUAGUGCUAAAAACUUUCCAAAGUCUUCUGCAUUAGAGUUAAAAAAGCUCCAGGCGCAUUUCAUCUUGAAUUCCAGUGAUCAGAUUGACUCUCUAAAGCAGGAUCAUCUCGAGUUUUUGCUGAAACUCUUAGAGGAAAUUGUGCUUAAGGAUCAUGAAUACCAAUUAGCAUACCAUUUGAUGAAGGUCUGCGUACUGGUAUCAGGACCACAGUGUUACAGCCUCGAACAAGGCCUCACUGUGUGUGACAAGUGGCUGGAGGUCUCUGGUCAUGACUGUCUUCCUUAUUUCUAUCAAAUGGUGGUUUUCUUUCUUAAGAUACUUGACGGCCGAAUCGAAUUCACGCCAAUGUACUUCAAGGCCUUGAAAAUGUGCCGAGAGAAGUCACAGAACCACUGUCGUAGUAGCCAAUCAACACUAUUUGUGAGAAAAGAAGGGGAAGGAAUGUCACGCCUUGUUACUCGCAGUACCUUGUUCCGUGGGGAAACGGACUAUUCAACCGAUGUUUCUGAAACGGUCACAAGGUUCUGGCUCGUCGACAGUAGAAAGAAAUUGCAUGAAUGUAAAGGAAGGAUCCGCGUAGAGUCAUCUUCUCAUAGAGGGAAAACGUAUCCCUUCAUCGAAUUACCACAAGGAAAUGUGGCCCUCUACGUGGGAAAGAAUGCAGAUAUUGGCAAAGUGGACAGGAAUUUCACUAAAGGACAGCUGGUUUAUUUUGUGGUUAGUUUCAACCUUCAGGGUCCUGUUGCAAACGGUAUUACCUUCUCCCCAUACAAGCCUUCCUCCCGUUAGAAGCAUGUAGUGACAAAAAAUUACACUAAAUUUACAACCUGCUGAUCUUUCCUUACAAUGCAGACGUUACCCGAAACGAACUGUCAUUUGUGGUUUGAGGCAAGUCAAUGGUAACAUCGUUUUGUUACUUUCAGUGACAACACCCCGUGUCGUCACUAAAAGGAGCCAUUGUAAACAGCUCGAACACGAUUCAGAUAAAAACUUUUGUAUCUUUGAGGUUUACAGUUGAUUGAUUGUCGUAAAAAUUACAAUUUCGUAAAUGAAACUUACCAAAUUAAUAUUUUGAUUGUUAAGACGUUAACUGAACUGUAAAUAUUCUAAGAUUUUAACUUGGUGUGAGGAAGCUGAAGUACCUAUUGUGAACAGUUUUAGAAUGCUCUGCGUUUCUUGAAUUGAGAAUUAAGUCCAUUUACCAAUAGGUUCUUUUUUGCUUUGUUGUUUUCUUUCUGUGUAAUAUUGGUUUUUUACUUUUUUUGUGUUGUCUGCUCUUUGUGUUAGUUACUUUCAGUAGUGUUAGGUGUCGGCUCUAAAGACAGGUGAAUAACUAUCUAAUUAUUAAGAUAUACAGAAACAAUGCUUACAAGUAGAAGUGCAUUGACUCUUGUCUUUUAGCGUGUUUAAGAGGUAGCUUUUCAAAGGAAUUAUAUGGUUAACCUAUUAUAUGGGAACUGUUUCGCAGAUAUUUGCUGUAAAGCAUUGCAAAACAGAAUGCUGAAAUGGAGGCAAUGAAUUGAUUGAAUUGUGUAGAACAUAGCUUUCUGAUAUCAUUUUUAUAACUCGGUUGUUUGAUUUUAACAACUUGUGAAUAAAAAGCUAGUUUAAUAUCAUGA